CGAUGAGCAAAAAAACAACAGACCGAACCCCUACACAACUGAUAGCAAAAACAAUCGCUACUAGACUAUCCGGGCACGAAAUCAGAAGCUGUCCAUCUUGUUCACCAUCCCCUUCGGCGUAGAACAACUUUACAACCGUAGUCGCCGGGUCCACAUUUGUGUUCGAAAUGCUAAUUUAAUGUUUCUUUAUGAGGCAUGGUCGUGUGUGUGCCAUUGGAAUCGUUGUACCUAGGCUUCCGUAACACUCGGGCUUAUCAGUGAAUGGUAGUGAAGAGCUUGAUUCGUCCAGUCCAAGAGUGAGCCGCAACUUUGACCGCAGUGAAACGUCGUUAGUGUUUCAACGGGAUCCGCUUCGAAAGGUGUGAGAACCGAAAAGCGUGCGCCACAACUCGGUUCUGUUUUGCAGAAGGUAACCUAGCGAGGCCUACAAGGACCCUCCCACUCACCAUCCAGUGGUCACCUAUCGAGCUUACAUAAUCAUCAGUCGGUACUUGUAACCAGUUACCAUGGCAAUCGAACUACCUCGCGUUAAUCUAGACGAACCGCGCUACGACCAAAGUACCUACCUUAAUCGUGCCAAGCAUUUUCUUAUCGUGACCAAUCCGUUGAAUGUGUUCGCCACGGAGGAGCAGCUAGACCGGGCCGCCCGAAUUGUGCGCGACUAUCGCGCCGGUAAACCCGUCCCAGAUGUCAGCAGUGUCGAUGAGCUAUGGAGCGCCAAAUAUUUGUACGACAGUGCUUUCCAUCCGGAUACGGGGGAGAAGAUGUUGCUCGUCGGCCGCAUGUCGGCACAAGUCCCAAUGAACAUGACCAUCACUGGAUGCAUGAUGACGUUCUACAAGUCGACGCCCGCCGUCAUCUUCUGGCAGUGGUUCAACCAGUCGUUCAAUGCCGUGGUCAACUACACGAACCGUUCCGGUGCGUCACCUAUUAGCCAGGAGCAGCUGCUAACCUCGUACUGCAUGGCAACAGGUGGCGCCCUGGUGACUGCACUUUCGUUGAAUCGUCUAGUACGGAAUGCUCCUCCGCUUGUAGGACGUCUCGUGCCGCUUGCCGCUGUAGCCGCAGCCAAUUGCAUUAACAUUCCGCUGAUGCGCAUACAAGAAAUCAAAAACGGUGUGACGCUGCUGGAUAAGGACGGCAAUGAACUGGGUCAAUCGGUCCGAGCAGCAACGGAAGGAAUAUCCGCCGUCACUUUCAGUCGUAUCCUGAUGGCAAUGCCUGGAAUGGUUUUCACCCCGGUGCUGAUGAACACGUUGGAAAAACGAGGCUUUCUACGCCGAUUCCCGUGGGCGAAUGCACCGAUACAGACACUGUUCUGUGGUUUAUGUCUCACGUUCGCGACGCCACUUUGCUGUGCGCUGUUCAGUCAAAAGGCUUCGAUUAAUGUGGCCAGUCUCGAGGAGGAUAUGCGUGAGAAGCUACGCAAAGAACGUCCCGAACUUGAUGUCGUGUACUACAACAAGGGUCUGUAAGCAGCCAGGCAGCUAUCGUCGUUUUGUGUUUGUUGGACACCUGUAGCCGAGAUUCGUGUUGUAUUGCAUAUAGUACAAUGAGCUUUGCCAUUCGGAUUUCCAAUAUUGCAUUUGUUUCUCACAUUAUACGACUCAUACACUCCACUUGCCAUAUUUCUCAAUGAGAUUUCUCUGAUCAAGUUAGGCAAAUUCGUUUUUUUUUUUCAUUUGCUCAUGUCCACGUAGCGUUUAGCUCAGUAAUACAAAAAAAAAAACAAGAAUAUAUAUGUACGUGCGUGUAUGACAAUAAAUGUAGAUCUAUCUUCUUAUACUUCCCCAAACGCCUCGACAUCGAAUGAUGCAAAAUGAUGGUGUAGGUCUUUAUCAUAUAGCACAAAUGCUCAAUAAACGCCUGCUGUAAA